AAGGAGAAUUAUAUAAAUGAACUUCUAUUACUGAUUUAACUGACCGAAGUAGCUGCUCGUAGUAACUGUUUACUGAUUAACGUUAAGUAACUCGCUGAAACGACUGAACCGAACUGUUUACUGAAAGAUCGAACUAAAGCAAUUGAUUGAAACAACUGUGAUUGACUUGACUCGAAAUUCGAAGGAUAAGUAUCACGCGAUGUUUCGUUCCCACGUGAACUGUUUGUCUUUGUGCGAACGAUGGAAUGUUAACACGUAGUUAUCUUGCGACUGUUUAGUUUCAUGUUGGGGUUUGGUACGUGGUCUUCCCAAGAGUGUUGCAGUCUUCGUUUCUGCUGAUAUCCUCAAGAGUAUUACAGUUUCAUAUUUCUGCUGAUUAGAGUUCGAUAUGCGAUCUUCCCAAGUACGUUGCAUGCAGUUUCCUAUCUUUGCUGAUAACCUUCUCAGGAGUAUUAAGGUUUCCUAUUUCCACUGAUUAGAGUCUGGUAUACAGUCUCCUUGAAGGCGUUGCAUUCUCCCAUUUUCCUUCUUCUGCCUACUGGGGUGUCAUGGUGAGGUGCGCGCGUAAAGCGGGGCGCGUAGGCGAGCGUUCAAUUGUUCUGCUAGCUCUCCACACCGCAACAGGUAUUACUCCACACUCCGUGAUAUAACAAAGUGUCUUACAGUGUAAUCAUUUAUUCGUGCGAUAUUUCUUUAAACACUCUGGGGACCGGCUGCUCUGACAAGCAUAUAGCCUAAAUUUCCGAAUGUUUUUAGAGCGAUUGAAAAAGAUUCAAAGUGACCAAUACUACAUCUAAUAUAUUGAUAACGGUUUCGUAUCAUUCAAGCAUAUAAUGUAAUGUAAAAACACUUUCAUAACAUUUCGUUUAUAGCAUCCAUUGCUCUUUUCACUAUUUUAUUUAACAGUAGUUAAAAUUUUUAUAGGAUACCGCAUAAAUUAUGAAAGACUCAAAUUUGUAUCUCUGGUCCCCAGAGUGUUAAUUCCAUUGUGCUUAUUUUUGUACGAACUAAUUGAAGUGACAUGGUGUGGUAUUAACUGAUUGUCACGUGCAUAUUGUUGCUUUAUUAUUUCAAUUUUGAUUGUAGGUUAGCACUUUACGUCAGAGUUGACAGACUUUUGCAAUUUCCUUUAUUAUUAUGAUUCGUUAUUCGGGCAAUAUUCUAUGAGCGAUUCGUUGUCAUCUGGUUCGCGUGGUUUCCUGAUCAUGAGCGCAGCAGAGCCGAUGACCUCUGUUUCCAGCCCGGCCGUACAGUGUAGGAAACCCAACAAGAACAGGAAAAGGCUGAAUAAGAACGGUUCGAGGAAGCGCGGGCACCGUGCAGGGAAGAGGUUCCAGGAACAAAAGAGAAGAGCGUGCAUGCUGAAGGAAGUCUUGCCCGCCUUCCUCAACGCACCGAAUCCUGCGUCAACGCAGCGAUCCAGCAGUCCCCCUCUCGUUGACCUUAUGUUGUCAGAUGAAAAUACCGCGGAGCUCUCGCCGUGUCCUUCCCCUGUUGAAUUCCUCGUGACGGACCAUUGUGCCAAAGUCUGGUUAUCUUCAAAGAUUCCGGUCGAAAUUUUGAAUGCGCACGUACGUCAUCAUAUUUCCGGGGAAGGAGGGGUUUCGCCCAUCGUACGAUCCUGGUGCAUGGAUGUCUUUCAUCAGAUGUAUCUCGCCGAAGAUUUUCCUGAUAUGCCUUCUUAUGAUUUCAAUAUUCAUCGUUUAAAUUCUGUUUUUACAUUAUAGUGUGUGUACACACACACACACACACACACACACACACACACACACACACACACACACACACACACACACACACACACACACACACACACACACACACACACACACACACACACACACACACACACACACACACACACACACACACACAUACA